UAAAAAGCGAACUCUUGUUUGGGAUCGGAAUCAUUCGACUUCAGUUGAAGUAAAGACUAGCUCCUCGUCCGUUCUUCAAUCUGCUAAGAUGAAAUUAGCCUUGAUUUUUCUAUUUGCUGCGGUGGUCAUCACUAACCAACAGUUCCAACAGCAAAGGGAAAAGCUUUGGUGGUCCCCCUAUUUCUCUGCGGAGCGCAUCGCCAACUAUCAUCACCCGAUUUACUACGAUCCCGUUCAAUAUGAGACCCAAUUCUUCCGACAAUACAGACCUAUGAGACCCAUCCCCUAUUUACAGAGUGAAGUUUUUCAAGAUUCGCUAGAAGACGUUCAUUCACGAACAAAAGAUCCAAGUCUUUCACGACCCAAGUAUCAAUAUCGGCCACAAGAACGGUUGUUCGUGAAUUUCGCAAAAACUGCAACGUUUACUGUGACUUCGUCUUUGAGUAUCACAAGCAUUCAGUCUUGCAUCGCAGCUGCUAAAUUUUUAGAUGACGCUGCCAAAUCAAAAGCAUGUCGUCGCAAAAGGGAAAUACUCGAUGUGUCCGGCCAAGAGUCCACCCAAUUCCCAGUCAUUCCCUCAAAAAUCCAAGAGCUUGUGAUGCCGACUGCUUUGCCAUCACUGGAACUCAACCGAGAAAAUCGCCAAGUUUCUUUCGAUCAAAACGAUUAUGCAUCUCUUGGUGAAAUAUCAGGAUCUAUUUCACCAGAAAAACAUUUAAGGGAGAAAAGAUUUUUCAACUUUUACUCGGUGACAUCUACGACAAUUACCACGUAUUCUAUCAUGUCGACGACCUCUACAAAAACAGUUGCUGUCGCAGGUGAUGGUGAGGUUGAAUGCCUUCCAUCAGGAUGGGUCGUUUGCUAAACAUUCACGCAAACAAACGCAAAAUACUUUUUCUUUAACCCGGGGGACUCUUUGACCGCAGU